UGGUUUUCUUGAUGUCAAAGACUGACAAGAUCCGGUGAAAUAAAAACUGAAAAGGCAGACCUUGAAUCCUUGAAGCUUUGCUCUGCAUUUUAUCAUAAUCUAUUUUAAUCUCCAUUUUGCUUCAUAAACCAUGACUAAGCAACAAGCUAACUGGUCUCCAUACGAUAACAAUGGAGGGUCUUGUGUUGCGAUUGCUGGCGCCGAUUACUGCGUCAUCGCCGCUGACACUAGAAUGUCCACUGGCUACAGUAUUCUCACCCGAGAGUACUCCAAAAUCUGUAAACUAGCUGAGAAAAGUGUAAUGGCAUCUUCUGGCUUUCAAGCUGAUGUGAAAGCCCUACAAAAGCAUUUGGCAGCUAGGCACUUGAUCUAUCAACAUCAACACAACAAGCAUAUGAGCUGUCCUGCCAUGGCGCAACUUCUCUCCAACACUCUCUACUAUAAACGCUUCUUUCCCUAUUAUGCUUUUAAUGUUCUAGGGGGCCUUGAUAGUGAAGGAAAGGGCUGUGUCUACACUUAUGAUGCUGUUGGCUCCUAUGAGAGGGUUGGAUAUAGUGCUCAGGGUUCUGGUUCCACUCUUAUCAUGCCUUUCCUGGAUAACCAACUGAAGUCUCCCAGUCCUCUCUUAUUGCCUGCCCAGGAUGCUGUAACUCCACUUUCAGAACUGGAAGCUGUUGACCUUAUAAAAACUGUUUUUGCAUCUGCAACUGAGAGAGAUAUAUAUACAGGAGACAAACUUGAAAUUGUUGUCCUAAAUGCUGAUGGUAUUCGACGUGAGUAUAUGGAACUGAGAAAAGAUUAGUUUGUCCAAAUUCUUGUUGGUCUGAUCAUAAUUUGGAGUUGGAAUUACAUGGAUUACCCCUUGGCACUUAUAAAGGUUGAUAUUUCAGCAUUUUCAUCCUAUUGAUCCGUUUAACUUCUAAAUUAGUCGAACUUGAGCAAUGUAUUUCCAGUAUAGAUGUUCAGUGAUGAUGCAAUUCAAGUGUUGGGACGUAUGCUGUUGUCAUUUAAAUUGUCUUGUCUGAAAAUUUUGUUGUCGGUAAGGAUUUAAUGAAAUCUUCCUCUUUGCUCCA